AUGAAACGUUGUUCAAACAAAUGGUUCUGGUGUUCAGAUGAUGAUGACCUUGAUACGAGUUUAUUUAUUUUAGCAUUCGGCGCAUUCAGUGAACCGUUAAUAAGACUUGAGUGUUUUGGACGCAUGAAGUUAAUUUCACUCACGGCCUCUUAUUCAUCAAGUUCUAAUGAAAUGCAAGCUUGUGAAGCUUAA